CAGAAAGUGUCACUCCUGCCCCAGUGCCGCUGUUGGACAGGCACCUCAUAGUGGUGGUAAAGAGUACUGUGACCAAUGUUACACUGUAACAGUGCCAAUAGUGAAUCAAGUAUUAGGUAGUGUAGCGGGUACAUAUCACUUGGAUAUAUUUGAGUGUUGGUUCGACACAGGCAAGUGUUAGCUAGGAGCGGACUAGUGCAAGAGACAACGCCAGAAUGAAGCUGGCGUUGAUCUCUCUCUUCCUGCUCGUCCACGCCCACGCAGGAAUCUCCAAGGCCUAUGGCAGUCGCCAUGCUCGUGAGAACAAUGACUUAGAAGCCCGUGAAUACAACACACAUGGUUAUGACAGUCGAAUUUACACUUCCAGUAAGCAUAACAGUAGUCAAAGUUUUGAUCCAGCUCAUAAGUAUGAUCGUCACACCUCUGACAGAUCCGGGCAAGAGAGUGUCCACUACGACAGUCAUAACUAUGACAGACCUAGUUAUGACAGAAUAAGUCAUAACCGUGGCAAUCGUAGAUAUGAUAUACAAAGACAGCGAAGCCCCAGCCGUCAUUAUUUUCACCGCAAUAGUGACAGACGUAGGAAUGAGGGACGAGGCUUUGAAAAUCCCGGCAGUGAAAACGAUGGAUAUGAGCAUCCCAGCUAUGAACAUCAUGGCAAUGAUGAUAGACAAAAGAGUCCAGGCAAUGGAAGUCCCAGUAAUGACAGACUACGUAACGAGAGCCCUGAUCACGACUAUUAUAACUCUGACAGCCUUGUACAGGAGAACCCUAAAGAUGUGGAGCCCCUGCUGGAAUACAAGGACACCUCACAUGAGGACGCCUCACAUGAGGACACCUCACAUGAGGACACCGAACGCGAGGACACUGAACGUGAGGGCACUGAACGUGAGGACACUGAACAUGAGGACACUGAACAUGAGGACACCAAACGCGAGGGCACCGAACGCGAGGACACUGAACGUGAGGACUCUGGACACGAGGACACUGAACAUGAGGACACUGAACAUGAGGACACCGAACACGAGGACACUGAACGUGAGGACACCGAACGCGAGGGCACCAAACAUGAGGAUACAGAACAUGAGGACACUGAACAUGAGGCUACUGAACACUAUGCCACUGAACGAGAGGACACGGAACACGAGGCCAUUGAACAAGAGAACACAGAACAUGAGGCCAUUGAACAAGAGGACACCGACUUAACAGCAGAUGAGAGCCCAGUGUGUGCACGAACCUGCCGCUACACUGGUGAGGAUGUGUUCAGAGCGGGUCAGCAGUACCAGUACGUGUACCAGGGUAAGGUGAGCAGCAAGAUCCUAGCCAGUGAGGAGAGUGGCGAGUCUAGUAUGAGUCUCACUGCUACACUCAUCAUCUCAGCCAACACUCCCUGUGAUCUCAAGCUGCAGGUGGUGGAUGUGGUGGUUGAGGACGUGUCUGACGAGGACUCCUCGUGGUUCAUUGAAGCUACCCAGAACCACGACCUCCACUUCAGUUACCAAGGUGGGAGGAUUGAGUACCUGUGUCCUCAUGAAAAUGAAGAUGUUAUCAUCACCAACUUCAAGCGAGGAAUUCUCUCAGUAUUACAAACAAGUUUAUCCACCUUAGAUGAGGAAAGAGAGGUUAUAAUUCAAGAGAGGGAUGUGUCUGGGGAGUGUGAGACAAAGUAUGUCAUUAGCCAUGAAGAAUCACUAAUGGUAGUGCAUAAGAUGAAGAGCAAUUGUCACAGCAACACUUACCUUCCUUACAUCCCUCAUGCCAACCAUGCCAUCCACACUGUCAACACCAACCUUCCUUUCCUGAGAAGUAACCAGUCAUGCCAGAUGUUCCGACAUGAUGUAUGGGAGCGAGUGGAGUGUACUCAGGACAUUGUUGCGGAAAGUCCAUAUCAGUUAGCUUCCUUCACUGUCUCCUCCAGCCUCCUCCUUCAGGAAGAGCCAUAUGAAAUCCAGGACAAUUUUUUGCAAGUACGCUUCUGAUGUACUAGAUCAGAUUGCUGAUACAAUGGGAAAUCUUCUGUCCUCAACAAGAGAGAAUUUUGAGCAAGUUGAGCAGCGCCCUCACAUGUUCUCACGGCUGGUGAGCCUCUUGGGUCUCCUCCAGCAGGAGGAGGACGUGCAGGAUGUCUGGAUCACUUACGGCAAUCAAGAACACUACAGGGAGUUCUUGGUGGAUGCUCUUCUGAUAUGUGAACAUGGUCCAUGUAUUCAAUUGGUGUCUAACCUGGCACAGGAAGAUCACCCAGCUCUUCCACCAACACGCCUCACCACCUGGCUUGCCGGACUCCACUUCCACACCUAUACAGAUCCAUUAGCCAUUUCAUAUAUCCUGGAUGUGGCCAAGAGCAAGGCAGAGGUGAUCAACCAGGCUGUGAUGGCUGUGUCCAGCAUGGUGCACAGAGUUUGUCAACAAGAUCCUCAAAACUGCCACAAACAUGCACAACCCUUCUUAAAUUACGUGCAAGAGGAAGUAGGGGAUUUGUGUGGUCUGGGAGAGACAAAAGAACAACAGCAACAGGUCCAGCUGAUGCUUAGAGCACUGGGUAAUGCUGGAGUGCUACCCUACCACCAAUUUCCUGAGAAGUGCUACAUGAAUCAAAAUUUGGCACCAGAAGUGCGUGUUGCUGCUCUGCAGACCUACCGUAGAGCUGGCUGUGCUCACUCCAAAGCUCCUUGGAAGAUUCUGAAGGAUGGUGAGGAGCAGGUGGAGGUGAGAAUUGCAGCAUACCUCUCUCUUGUUCCAUGCGCAACAGACGAUCAAGACUUCUUCAGCCAGAUCAAAACUCUCUUAGAAAAGGAAGAGGUCAAUCAAGUUGGUUCCUACAUCUGGACACACAUACGCAACUUAGCAGAGCAGCCGGGCAUUAGUGAGCACAACCGCUGGCUGGCCAAGCUCAUGGCCCAACACACUUUGCAAGACAAAUUUAACACCAAUGCCUUUCGUUCCUCCAGAAACUACCGCUACACACACUUUAGUGAGAUGCUGAAUGUUGCUGGCAGCUUAGAUGGUGACAUCAUCUUCACUCCGGACUCUUAUCUCCCACGACAUGCAGCACUCAACCUAACUCUAGAUCUAACUGAUAGGUCUAUCAAUGUCUUUGAGUUUGGUGGUGACUUCAGUGGCUUGGAAAAAUACAUUGAAAGAUUUUUUGGUAAAGGUGGAUAUUUUGAAAAUGAGGGAAUUCAGAAAGCAAUAGAAAGCCUCCGGCCAAAGAGAGAUAUUCACGAUGGAAAGAUUCAAGAAUUCCAGAGGCUUUAUGACAAGGCAAAAACAGUGAAUGAAUUAGAAUUAAGCAAGGAAGAGGAAGAAGCAAGAGCCUCUCUCUAUCUCAGAAUCUUUGGUAAUGAAGUGGUCUUCUUAGACAAUGCUCUUCAGUCUAAUCCAUUUCAGUUUUUGCAGCAGCUUGUCAGCGAGUUCUCAUCCCCAAAGUCAUUCCAGAUUGUGAACCAGGAGCUCCUGAGUACAACGUUACUGGGUUUCCCUCUUAGGAUGAAAGUCAAUGCUACAGGAUCUGUAACAUUUAGUCAAACUGGAAAAAUUGACAUGAAAGACACACACAAGAUUCUUCUGGAAGGCAAAAUAUCACCUUCUGCAGUUCUGGCUAUGGAUGAAACACUCAUGGUUGAUGGAUACAUUUGCUCCAGUGGAAUCAGGCGAAGAACAACCCAUCUAGCUCGCUCAGAUUUUGGUGGGAGAUUUUCACUAGAAAACGGACAGAUCGUUGAUGUACAGUUUGAUGUUCCUGGAACUGAGGUGGCAACAGUAACUUCAUCAUUAAAAGUUUCGCUGUUCAAAAAUCUGGAAAAGGACUGGGAAGAGGAAAGAGCUGAGUCACCACAUGUCAAGCAGAAGCACUGCUCACCGGAGAGUAUAAGUAAUAUUAUUGGUCUGCAAGUAUGCUACUCUCACAAUUACGGCACUCGCACUUUUAAUGCAGAUGUUGUCACUGAACCACAUGAAACAGAAGUUACAGUGACUAAAACUGAUACAUUUGAUAACUUUAUAUUCUCAUAUAAAAAGACAGACAAUACUGUUGAAGCUCUCUUUGACACUCCAGGAUCUUCCAUUGACAGAAGAAUGAACAUCCAAGUUGGUAUCAAACCAGAAGGUGCUGAAGGUUAUCUUGUAAUACCAGGAAAGGGUAUUGAAGGACAAUAUGAGAAUUCUGAAACGUUAAAAAAAAUAAGCCUAAAAUAUCGUAAAAAUUCCAAGCUGCAAGGAGAAUUUGAGAUCUCUCUCCAGAGUAUUACAGAAGGAAUAAAUACCAAAUAUUCUCCUAAGUUUCUUUUAUUUCUGGAGAAUGUCGUUCAUGUAAAUGUAAGCGGCUCUCUCGUAAGAGGUACAGAUGUCUUCAGAGCAGAGGGAAGCGUCAUGUCCAGCUUCCAGACAGUACCGGCAGAAGUCCUAGCUUCGUGGGAGCACAGUGGUGGUGAGCACAAGGUUGCUGCUAAGCUCACUUUAGGACAGAUGUUUAGCUCCGCCACGGGAACCCUCUUCACUAGCCCUGAGAAAAUGAUGGUACAGGCUACGUGUGAAUAUGGCACAAACCCUGCUCAGCCUCAUGUGUUGUCUCUAACAAUAGAUUCAUCUCAAGUAGUGGAAAAUGAAGAACCCACAACUCAGGGUUAUCUGUCUAUUCAGUCAAGUCAAGCUGAAGCCAUCAUGAAUCUGGACUACAAACACCAGCCUGGACUUACAGAAGCUAACACCAAUAUUACAGUGCGCAGUACUAAGCUGGGAUCAAGUUUAAUGGCAAGGAUAACUGAUGAGGGAGAGACAAGAGACAUGCAAGUGACAGUCACCUUUGUCAGCCCACAGUUGGAUAUGAACUAUGCUGGUCACCUCAUAUACAAGGUAUCAAAUAAUGCCUUGCAAGCCGAGGCCGAGGUCAACCUUGGAUCCCUGAUGACGUCCAAGCUGUCUCUCAGCUACCUGCUUCAGGACAACCCACUGCACAUACUCCUUGGCCUACAUAUUCAAUAUAAUGACUUUGUAAUUCAGGGUGGUUACAAUGUUGACCUGAGUAAGCCUGAUAAAGCUUUGGUUCUAAUCACCGCUGCCGUUGGACCAGCCUUUGCAGUAUUGCAUUUCAAUGCAGAUUACGACCAUAUGAGACCCUUCAACACAUCUCUGGAAGCACACUGUGGCUAUGGCAACUUAAAGGCUGGGUUCUCCACUCUCACUUCAUCUGAUGACAGCUGGCAGCACUUCACUGGGAAAACUGAAGUUAAAUGGUUUGACUUGUCAUAUCAUGUUAAUCAUGAUCUUCUGUGGAGUGAAAGCAAUAAGCAUGCCAAACUUUUCGGUGGGGGGACAAGUGUUGAAGCUACCCUGCGGAGCUCUCCUAACCCAUUGUUUGAGGUAGUGCUUGACACCAGCACAGAUGAUAAUGAACCUGAUUUCAAGGUGUCUGUGGGAAAACAAGACAAAAGCGAAACAUACCAAGCUCUAGUGAGUCUGAGACAGGAUCAACUCUUUCACCUCACUACUACUAUUAAUAUGAACAAGACAUUCAGUGGGAGUAUGCAUCUUUUAGAGAGCCUCGUUCAAGUUAAUGGUCAGUACAGCCUGACUGACCCAGAACACCUUCAAUGUUCAGCAAAUAUAAUCAUAACAUUACCAUCGGGUCAGGCUUUCACCUCCGAGUUAAAUCUCUCGCACUCCUAUAAUGGCAUAACACGAGACAUAAAGGUUUCCCAUAUACAUAAGGGCAAGAGGAUUGAGGGUCAUGUUGUGGUGCUACACCGUGAUGGCUGGUUCAUGGAUGAUACACACGGCUUGGUCUUAUCGCUCACAACACCUUUUGCUCACCUCAGCAAUCUAACAUUUGCUUUUGAGAAGCACACAGAUCACUCCUCGGCUGAUUUUGUCGAGCUCAGUUGGGAGGAAUUGAAGGUUCGUGGUGAAGUCCAACUUAAUGGUCCAGCUAACAUGGAGGUAAAAUUGCUAUAUGAAGAUGGCGGUACUUGUGACUCUCACUUCCACUUGUAUCACACAUAUGACGGAGAGCAGUACCUGACAGGGGCAAGCUUACGUCUGACACAAACUCAUAGCCCAUGGGCAGUUCAUGCUGUCAGCAGUUUCAGUCACUCUGGCAAUCAGGAUUCUGUAUAUAUCAAGUUAGAUUUCCAGUGUCCCAUGCUGAUGACACCUGUGCAGCUGCAUGGAGUGUUGAAUAGUUCAGAAACUCAUUGGAACUUUCAAAUUCAGGCACAGAUGCAAGAAAAUUUAUCAUUUAUAUUUACUACAAAGAAUGCAGAGGAGUUAACUACGCAUAAGCGCCUCGUGAGUCUCGAAUUAGAGACUCCUUGGACUCAACCUGUGAACAUGAAUGUGACAAAUACUUACAAUGGAAACAGCUUCAAUUUGACCUUAGAAUUUUGGUCAUUCUUGCAUCCAGUAAACUCACUAACAGCUGAAUUUAGGUCUUCCUAUGCAGAUCUCAAUGACAUUAAGGCCCAGUUCUAUUUUUCACAUGAGCAGCUUGACGUUACAGUGGAUCUCAUUCACAAUAUGACUAGCAACAGUUUGGAUGAAUACUUUCAGGGUUCUGCCAACAGUCUAAAAUUUACUUUCGAUAUUGACACCAAAUGGGACGAACAUCUAAUUCCAGCAAUAGCAAAUGGGCAGCUUUCUGUUGUUAAUUUAUUUGAUCACAAAUUCGACUUAUCUCUAUCUCACGCUAAAGAAACAGAUGUUUUCCGUACCGAGCUCCUUGGAUCUUGGGAUGAUCAGAAUUUUGAAGUGAAUCACAAAUUAGAUUUGAGCAACCCUGGGAAAUCGAUAAGCAUAUUAGAGGCAACACUUCCAAAUCAUGAUAUUAUCAAGACUGAACUUUAUUUUAUUGUUGAUCAUUUCAGUACUCUUACCUGUAAGUUUAACUUCAUAUCUCCUUGGACUAAAAAUAUCAAGACUGACUUUGUAAUACAAUAUAUGGAUUCAGGGAUAAAUAUUGAUACUGAAACGUUGUAUGAUGGCGAUUUUGUCAUAAAGGUGAAAUUACAGAAGAAUGGCCCCACUCACUGGAACCAAUCAGACUUUGCAUUAGAGGUCAACUCCUCUUUCUUUGAGCAGUUUCAGAUAAAAUGGAAGCACAAUUUGGAAGAUGAAAAUCAAUUUCUGCUAGAGAUUACUUAUGGAGCCAAGUUCCCUUCACCAGAUAAUGAAUUCUACUUCAGAGGAUCAAGUAAUUUAAUGUAUAACAAAGAAAUGUUGAAACAAGAUUUUGAACAAUUGGACUUGAGUGUUACACUCCAUUGCCCAAGCUCUCAAAUUGAUGUAAGUACUAAAGUGAGUUUUGAUUCACACUUCAGUGGAGACUUUGAAACCAAAUGGAAUGAUUAUAUAUUCUCUCUAACAUCAUCUAUAUUUGAUGGGUUGAUUUUCAAGAUUAUAUCUUCUUCAAAUGUAAAUUAUGAAGUAGAAAUGAAAUAUGAAGUGGGAAGCAGCAGUUUCCCAGAUCUACAUUUUAAACUGAUGAAGGAUGGGGUAAACGUAUUUGUCUUGGCAAAUCAGUUUGCAUCACUCUAUCCUAAAUUUGAUGUCUUGUUCUCUCUUAGUGUCUUACUAACAACAGAUGGCACUGUCCGAAAUGCACAGUUGAGGAUGAAAGCUGACUUAUCAAAUAUAAAAGAUUAUGCGUUCAGUGGCAUUUUCAAACUGGAUUCUGAUUUUAAAGGGUUUGAAAAGUAUUGGGCUGAAUUAGAUUCAGGCGUGAUUUCCAACUCCUCAAAUGUUGGUGCCCACAUACGUGGACUAUUACAUUUAAACAAAUGGCAUUACAAAGCAAUACUAAAUGGCUCAGUUGAUUUAGCUCAAGAUUUUAAUUUAGAAUAUCAAAACAUAUAUGAAUUGACUCAUGAAGAUAAACUCAUAGAUCAAAAAGAUAUUAGUUUAUCCAUCACCAUAACAGAUGACAUUAUCUACCAGGGAAGACUCUCUCUUCAUAUGGGGCUUAAUAACCCUAUGUGGUCUUCAUUCAUAUAUUAUAAUAAAAAAGAAAAUAUUCUUAAGGGUUACACUAUCCCAGGUAACUCAAAGAAGUACGAAUUUCAACUCGUGGUCACCAGUAAUACAUUUACUUUAGAUAUCCAAAUUUUAAGUGAAAAUGGAUCUAAAUUUGAAGUUCUGAACGGCAAUGUCAACUGGAAUAUAAGGAAACGAAAGAAGCAAGUUAGUGUUAAUAUGAAUUCAGAUUUUGAUGCCAUCAGAAAAAUAAUAGGGCAGAUAAUAUUACAGCAAAAAAAAGGUCUAGCAGCAAAUGCGAAGCUUCGAGUUAAUGAGGAGAAUUUUACUGGAAGUUUAAGAUACAUUUCUCAAGAAUCAAAAAAUGCUGGCAAAAUAAUAGUUAAAGUUGAUAAUAACAUUUAUUUUCCCAUAAAAAGUGAUACUAGCAUAAACUUUUCCUUCGAGCCAGAUAAGUAUGAAUCUGAUGUAGUGGUUGAUCUAAAUGAUGAGAAAGAAUGGUUAAAGGCUGACUUGAAAGCAACUUUGCCUGAGACACAUCUUCAGCUUUACAUUCCUUAUACAGAGCUUGAAAAAAUGGAUAUAUCUUUGAAUAUUAACACACAAGAUGUUUGGGGAGUGCAAUUAGCGGUGCAAGCACCAAAAUUUUGUUUGGAUUUUGAUGGUUCACUUGAUAAGUCACUACAUAAUUCCUCAAUACACUUGAUCAUCACAAAAGACUGCACAGGACAAACAAUAUUUGAGUUAAGUUUCAGCCAUGAUCUUGGAAGGAGUGCCAAUUAUCUAUUAGCGGAUUCCUUUGAUGUAAUAAGUUAUUGCUAUGUCCACGAUUAUGGCUUGAUCUAUAGGUAUGAUAUAUCCUGGAAUAAUUCCGACAGCAUGAGUGUUGCCAAAAUAGAAGGACAAUUUUAUCCACAACACUCAUUUGGUUUGCUCUUAUCACAGUCCUACGGGGAUGAGUUUUUUCUCAUACGAGCAUAUGACCUGCAUUCUAAUAUAACCCACUUUUUGUACAGACAUUCUGUGACGAAGAAGAAUGCUGAAAUAGACAUUAAAAUAAAUAAACAUAAAUUAAUUUCAUUUCAAGCUGAAUAUGAUUUUUAUCUUGAGAAUAUUACGAUAGAUUUCACUUACUAUCACUCGCUGUUUGGGUUAUCACCAUUAAAUAUCACAGGAGAGGUACGCUGGAGCCAUAACAAUGAAGCUGGUAAUUCGUCGAAAAUAGAAGUAGGUACCUUAAAGUUAUUAACAACAGUGGGUGAUGCUGAGGGAAAAAUUAUACUCCAGAAAUCAGCACAUUCAUACUCUGUAACAGCUGAUCUGAUCUCAAAUCUCCACUCAUUCCGUGAGUACCAUUUUAAAUUUGAUCAUGAAUAUUUAGGUGAUAACCAUACUUUCAAGGUUAUAAGUUUACAAGAUGACACUGAAUUCCAGAUUCAUGGUUCCUCUUACAGCGAAAAUAAUAUGACUAAGAUCAACGUUAAUUUUCUAACACCAUUCAAGGAUUUUGAUCAUUUUGAAAUUUCAUAUGGUUACUCCAAGUCAGAGACUCUAGAAAGUCCCUAUGAAGCUCACAUUCGUAUGAUAUUAUUUGGAAGUUUGUACGGGAUUGAUAUUAACCACAUUCACCAAGUGUCCUGGAGAAAUCAAAAGACAGAAAUGAUGUUGUUAUCCCCUGAAGACAUAUUUAGUAAUGUCUCUGUCUCAUUAAUGUACAACGUAGAUGACCAGAGUGCAGCAUUACAGCUGGGCACCUCUCAAGGAAGCCUAGGAAUAGAUGGCGCAUGGCAGCAUCAAGACACAAACGUUAUCUUCAGUCUGAAUAUUGAUCUAACACUUUUGUAUUUGGGUAAAUAUUUCUUUGAUGCAGACAUUCCUCUAGCACUCUCCCAAGAUGGCGAAUUCCGAAUUGAGCAUCGUCAAGCAGAUUUUAAUUUUAUUGGCCAUGUCUUGACAGGUGGCAAUUUCAGGCAUGCCAGUGUCAGUCUUAUUUUACCAAAUUCAAACCCAUCUUUGGAAAAUACCACUUAUAUGCUCAGUUAUAAAUUUGACUCAUCUCUAAAUAUAGAUGGGCAAUUUGAAUCCUGGAAAGCAAAUGUUAUUUUGGAAUUUUUAAGAAGUACAUUUCCAGUUUUGACUGGAAGCUUCAUUCUUAAAACAAAUAUUCCUGGCUAUGAAGCAGUAGAUGGAUCUUGGGACAUCAGACUCAGAAGUGAGAUUUCUGUUAUACAGAUUAAUGUAAAUGUAGAGCAACAGGGAACUAUAACAUUUAGUUCUACAGUUGAUAUCCAGCCCAAUGGUGCUAGAAAAGCAUGGGAAAAAAUGGCAAUUAAUAUGCUGUUUAAGUCCCCUUACACCUUGACUCAUCAUCUACAAGCAGAAUAUGACUUAAGUGCCUUCAUUGUUGAAGCUUCUUACCAAUAUGGUCUUGAUAACUUCCAGAUUAAGUUAAAUUCAAAAUUAAAGCGUAAAGUAGGUACAGUAUCAUUAACUGGCAACAUUCCGGUACAAGGACUGUCAGUAUUCAGCACUAACUUCAACUAUAAAUUGAAGGAUUCCUAUGAUAUUAGUUUGGAUGCAGCUGUUGAAGAAACAUCCCUACAAACACACUUUGAAUUAUGGCCCAAUGGAACAGUGGGAUCAACAAUGUUAUCAUUAACAUCCCCAUAUAUUUUGCCUGUAACAGCCGCUCUGAACUGGUCUUUCGUUGAGAGCCCCUUGCACCUUGAGUCAAGCCUGACUUAUGGAAAACAUGCUGGGGAACUAAAGGUAAUCCUGAAGGACAUUAUUAAUUCUAAGCAUAUUGAGGUCCUUAUAGCAACACCAUUUGUCAUAUUUUCUAAAUUAGAUUUCAGAGCACAGUAUACUUUAACAGAGUCUAACCAACUGCAUAUAUCUGCUGACUUUGGUGUGAAUCAUCAUAGGUUCAAGAUAGAGUCUACCUUAAUCAACACUGUACUAGAAGUCUCUGGAUUUAUGGAUGCACUUGAAAAAAAAGGCUCUCUCAAAAUGACAGUCGGAAAAAGCAUCGAUGUGUAUGAAGGUAAACUUUUUGGUGAGAUUACUGGUUACGAGCCACUCCACGUUAGCAUUAGUGCUCAUGCUGAGCAUUUCCAGUUAAGUGUAAAGUAUGGCAUAACAACAGUAUUACGUGUCAACAUUAAUUUUGCACAUGUAAUUCUUGAAUUUUCUUGGACAAAACAUACCUUUAGUCUGACUUUAAAUUAUCUGCCACUUAAUAAUGAUAUUCAAUUUAAGCUUAUCUUAAAUAUCCCACAGAUCAAUCCACUGAUGGUACACAUUACCUAUUCUGAAUAUGAUGGGUAUAAAGUUGAUGGUAACAUAACUAUAGGGAAAACAGUCUACAACAUGAAUUCUUCACUUCUCAUACAAGGAGAGUUGUCAUCUUUAGAGCUAUAUUUACAAUCAUUGGACAGUCCACACACCCCAAUUAUUGUAAAGGCCAAGUAUGAUAUAACGGACUUCUUAAAGUGGAAAAUGAACAAUUUGACAGAACUGGCCUCAGCUUCUUUUGAAUGGGGAGAUGCAAUUAAGGUCAUUGUAACAGGCAUGAGCAACGGGAACCGUGCUAAGGUAAACAUUGAGAUAACAACCCCAUUUAAAUCCCUGCCACAACUCAACAUGGGCUGUGAUGGUGAAUUAGCCUAUGAAAAUGCAAAUAUUGACUUGACAGCUACAGUCUAUGUGGAAUGGUCUCAGCGUAUCACUGUUACUGGAUUCUAUAAGUACAAGAAUGGAGAGAUAGACAUACACUGGGGGCUAACCACCCCUUUUUCAGAACUUAAACGGCUUGCAGCUUCCUUGAAGUUCACCUUGUCUCACAUUGAGUUUUCUCUGGUGAAUAAUAAUGAUAAGUGGAGAAUAUUGUGUGACUAUCAACUUUCUCCUUUUUCCUUGACUCUCACUGCCCAGACACCUAUUUCUGGCUUUGAAACUAUAUCCUUUGUCAUCUCUUCAAGCUCGGAAAAUGGUUUGUUUGAUAUUCAAGCAGAGUUAUCUUGGCAAAAUAACAAUACUGUAAGAAUACAUGUCCAAGCAGAGUUUUGGAAAAUGGCAAUAGAGUUCAAUUCUCCAUGGGAGCCUUUCCAGAAAGUUAUAUUUGUGGCUGAAUUGAGAACAGAGAGUGAAGAAUUGAUGUAUACCUCAGCUCUAGAGUGGAAUAUGAGAAAGGCAAAAAUGACAAUCAUUUACUCUCCAGUACAGUUUCAGCUUAUAGGUAGAUAUGAAGAGAACAAUGCAGAGAUUGCCCUUGCCAAAGUUGAGUAUGUCAUUCAUGGCCAGGAAUUUAAAUCUAAAGUGGAAAUAAUAACUCCCUUUAAAGCUUUAAAAUCAUUAGAGGCUGAGCUCAAUCUGGGGUUAGGAGACCAAGAAUUCAAAAUUAAGCUUAACAUUUAUGGAAAGAUAAGCUUUAUAGAGGGUAUUUUCUCUAUAACAGGUGGCCGGAUUACCGUGGAUAUCCCAAGUUUAGAAGAUUUUACAUGGACGCUGGAAGCCUCCAAUAUGUGGAUGAGAAUGGACAUGGAAGCAUCAUUGAUUUAUCCCAGGGCAACUUCUCCAUUAACAAUUAAACUUGAUUAUGAUAUAAAUUCAAAUAAUGGAAUAGGAAGAUUGCAUGCAAAGUUUGAAAACUUAUGCCUAUGGCUAGAAUUCUUAAACUUUACCUUGACUGUUAAUCAUAGUGAAUUUUUAGCAUUCGUUGAGACUUCAUCAACCUUGUUUAUAAAGUUGAGGAACCAAGAUCUAUCACAGUAUAAGGUUAAUGUGAGUUCCAGCACUGUGAAUGAUCAGGUAUCCUCAUCUUUUGCUUUUAUUGCAUAUGAAGUGACCUUUAAACUUUCCUUGUUGAAUAUAUUCUUGGAAGAAGGUAAUAUAGAAUUUGUAUUGUCUAGCUGGAAUGAGCAGAUAUGCAAGUUUUACUAUGAAACGGUCUUUCCAAGCGAGCACUCGUCUAAUCGACGUUUAUCAUUUGAAUGCCUUGACUGGGCUGUUAAUGCCCAGGCUACACUUACAGAAGAAUCCAUUAGCUUCUUAUUCUCCUACCCAGAGCCAACAAUAAAACACACACUUCUUUUAACUUGGGAUGAAAAUUUAAGCUUAGAGAACUUCCGAGUUGAAGCUGAACUUAAUUCACCAUAUAUAGAAAAGAGUACAUUUUAUAUGCAUUUUAUGGUUCAACAACAAUUUUCAUUUUCACUGGACUCUGGAAUAUCUUAUGGCUCAAUUGAAAUUGAUGUGAAGGGAAUAUUCCAAUACAUAAAGAAGCUUCGGCAAGCUAACUGUGACGUACAUGUGACAUCAGAUUGGGUUGGCACACAUGCCUUCAGAGCAAACAUUCGAUGGCUUAAUAACAUUACUGCUAAUGUUAAACUGAAUUCUCUUGAUCAAAAGCAUUCUAUAAAGCUUCAUGUUGACACCACUGAUCGCAGUGUAGAAAUCACGUGCAAUUCCGCAUGGCUUCCAUAUGAAAACAUAGUCAUAACAGGAACAGUCAACCAUGAUUUUGAACCACUGAACAUUGUGUUUGAAGGUCAACUUAUAGGAAAUUCAGGAAUAAAUAAAAUGUUUGUUAAGGCUGUUCUAGCAAGUGAUGGGCUUCAGAAUGCCACCUUGCUCGCAUCCUUAAUAAAAAACCAAGAAACCAUUUUUAAAAUAUCUGUGCUAGGCAAAUUGGUUGAUCAAGAUUUGACCUUAACUCUGACAGUAGACAGUAUUAUUCCAGAGUUAAGAGUUACUUCCUUGAUUCAGUGUUACAACAUGACUACAUCAGGUUGUUCUGGUGUAGCGAUGCAAAGCUACUUUUUGGAAGAUUUCGAAAUAUAUAUAACGAUUAAUGAAAACUGGAGGGAUAACCAAAGAAUAUAUGUUUACACUAAUGGUUACGUCAAUGAACUUUCAUUUAGGCUGGGUACUGAAGAAGGAGAUAUCAAUAUUAUAGUCCAGUCUGUCUACUCAUCUUUCAAUCUACAUAGUAGAUACUCUCUUCUAGAUAAUUUUGAAAUUAUAUGCCACUUUAAAACAUCUUUAGAAACUUUACAGUUGUUUAAUUUAAGAGCAAAAGCACCUGACAUUAGAGAUGGGGAAGUUUUUACAUUGCUCUACCGUGGACAGAACAAUCCGGGAUAUAGCUUGAAAAUUUUCUCCCCACCAGAUUCUGUUAUGGGUAGAAGCAUUGCCAUCUAUAUAACAACACAGGUUAAAGGAUACGAAAAAUUUUCAUUUGUGAGUCCUACAUUUUAUAAUAAUGACGAAAUCUUCCGUGUAAUGCUGGAAUACCCAACUGGAAAGAUAGGCAUUAUUUUGAAAUUUGGUAAUUUUAUCAGUGAUAUGCAAUUCAGCAUAUACAUGCCCUUUGAAGAUUAUGAAAUUAUUUCCCUUCGAUUAAUAGCAGACUUUAAUGAUGCUGCGCUAGAAAUAAGAGUUGGCAAACUUGGAAUUACUUUAUCUGUUACAAAUCUUGGCAGAUUUUCACACGAUCUAUUGAAUCUCGAAUUUGUAAUAAGAAUUAAUGAAAACAAAAUAAAGACAAAAGUAUUACUAAUUUUGAAAAAAGAUGAUUCCAUAUUAUCAUUGCAUACUGACUUUUAUCCUCAAGAUCUUGUGGGAGUUAGUUUCUUUUUGAUAGAGUGCCGGUACAACGAAAAUGAAAGGAUACACUUAGUAGUUAAAAAUGAUCAAGAGGAACUUUUCAAAACACAUGUUGCAUGGGGUUCUGAUAAAGUCUUUGCACUCACCACUCCUAAAAGAUAUCCAUGCUUCCUGAUCCUAAACUUGGAGUCAACCAAACAACUUAAUGAUUACCACAUUAAAGUUGGCAUCACACUUAAAGAAGAUGGCACUUGGGAAGCUUACAGUUUUCAUGUGCAUCAAGAAAUACUUGACGGUGGCCGGCAUCUCUCACUCUCCGGUGAAGCUGAAGAACAUCAGUUUCACGUUGAAGGAACCUUCUCUGUCAACCCCUUUCACUGGAAUGAAAGUUUAAUAUUUGAGUUAAACAGGAGAAAAUUUGGUUAUAAAGUUUUGUUACAGAGAGAUCCAGGUUUUUACAACAGUAUAUACCUAAGCCAUAUUAAUAUAUUUCUGCCUACCAGAAGUCUACGCUAUGAUGCAAAUGCCACAUAUAGCUCGAGGACGUUGGAAAUGUUAUCAUCCUUGACGUGGAACGAGUAUGACCCAGAAAUGUUACCUUUCAUCAUAAAGCUCAAUUACAAUGACAAUUCUUUGUUUGGACAUAAGAAGCAUUAUUUAACAACAGUUCUCAGCCACCCUGCUAUCAAGGAUGUCAUUAUCCAAGGUAACAUUACUCAGCUACGAAAUUCACCAUUGUAUGGGAAAGCAGAACUAAGAGAUGGAAAUUCUCCUGAGAAGAAUAUUGUGAUGACACUUGCUAUACAACCUAAUUUAGAUAGCAAAGAGCACAAUGUAUUGGUUAACAUUUCACAACCUCUCACGGGACUUGUACUUAGCAUGGAUGCCCAUGUCAUAGAAUCCAUAUUUAACAAAGGUGAUUACACUUUCAAAUACUGGAAUCUUACUAAGGAAGCAAUGAAAGAGUUAAAGAUCUCAACAGCUGUAAAUAAAUCUGAUGCCGGAUAUGAUUUUGCAGCUAAUGUUUUAACUUCUCAAGCACAGUGGGGUUACAGCUACAAUGGAAACAUUCAUUUCUCAGAUAAUUUAGCUGAAGUUAAAAUACAAGGAAGCUCCCUAAGGUUGGGAGAAUUUUGGAAAUUUGGUACGUCAAUAAACAAGCAUUUGCCAGAGUUGAUCAUACAUUUGGAAGUUGGGCAAAAUGAUCAGGAAGCUUAUGAAGAAGGAAGGCUGAGAAUUGGCUUGCAUAAUCCAGUAGAACUUGGGGCAGUUCUGGACCACAAACGAUUUGGAAAGUGGAGCCAAGAUAGUGCAGUUGGUCUGAGGAUUUUAGAGUCAGACAUCCUUCAGUUUAUAGUAGAAUAUGAUCCAUCUUUGGACUACAGCGAGAGCAGCUCCUGGGCCAGCUUGACCUCACCUGCAGAUAAAAUUUUGGAUUCUUGGCAGCGUGAUGCUACCUAUACAGUGUCUGUCUUCAAGCAGUGGAUUGCAAGAGAGACUCAAGCUGCUCUUGAUGUCCUAGUUAACACACAGACUCUACAAGCAGUUUGGGAUAGUGAGAAGAACAGCUUGAAACAUUACAUAAGUGACUAUAAUGAAGUAGUCACGAGUGUCACAGGAGGAGUCGCAGCAGUAUGGAUCAAGUCUGUGAAACCUUUAGUUGAUACUCCUCUAAGGCUCAUUUACAGUGGAUAUGAGAAGUUGGAAGCGUUCUUGCAAGUCAUAGCAUCUUCCAUAAGACAGCAAUUUGAUAGAAUGAUUGAGAGUUUUGAAGUGGAAUGGGAAUCUGCUGUGAAUAAACUUACGCCUCUUUAUGACCAAUUGGUUUCAUGGUGGGAAACGGCUAGCACUCAGACAUCAUCAGUAUUCACUGACUUGAAGUAUCAACUAGUGGAAGUCAUGAACAUAGUCAGAAAUGUUCCAGGAGAGUUCCUCACCUCCAUUAAAGAAGACUUUGAACCCAUCUUUGAGUCUAUGAAGGAAGUAUUUAUAAGAUAUGGCCAAGAACUUAAUACUGUCUUUUAUGAUCACUGCUGGAAUCUUGUCCAGCAGAUGGUGGAGGAGUUGAUAGCAGACGUGCUAGAGAGUGUGAACAGCAGUGCAGACAGCGUUAAAGAAUUUUUCCAGCUAGAGGAAUAUCACAGGAUAAUUUUGCAAGCGAAAAAUAAUGCAGUGGCUUUGCUAGACAGUUUUUAUACUGUAGUUCAUGGCGGUGUGAACAAUUUUAAAGAUGUUUUGUUGGAUUCUUCCUUCAUGCAAGCCCUCCAGCAAACACAGGAACAGAUUUAUAAUUUCUUCAGUGAGAUAUCUGCUGCUGAAGUCUAUUAUUAUGUGGAGCAUGGAGUGUCAGCCCUGGAACCACAGGUUUCUGCAGCAGCAGAGGAUAUUUUCCAGUUGUGGGGAGAGAAUAUCGAAGCACUGAAAGAGUAUUCUAGUGAAAAUAUAUUCUUCAAUUACAUCAAUAUAGCUGCUGGAAAUGUUUAUGAACGGGUCUUGGUGAUAUGGCAGAGCUGGAGGCAGGAGGAGCUUCAUGACUUAAGUACCUUUGAGCAGGCCCUCGUAUCAUUCUUUGAUGUGAUUGAGGCAUUCGUUAAUGAUGAAGAUGAUGAUGAUGACAGCAGCAUAACCGAAAGCUCAUUUGUGUUUGAACCAUCUAAAUACGGCAAGAUUAUGUACAACCAAUAUCUGCCUGUACCUUGGAAAAACUUCCUUGAACCACCUCAGUGGUACAAACUUACUAAUCUGUUUAAGAAGGAAUCUCCCAUACUUGAAGUGCAGAGACUAUUAGCUGAAGGAGUAGAUAGCGUGGAGAGUGGUUGGGAAGCUCUUCGCCAACCUGGUGCACUCUUACCACCCUUUAUUGCCACAGCAACCAUUUAUGGUCAACAUAUAACAACAUUUGAUCUGCAUCACUACCAGUUCCUUGGCCCUUGCUCCUACCUGCUGACCAGAGACUUCAUUAGUGGUGACUUUUCCGUAAUUGGUGUAUACAAAUCAAAGGCUGGAGUUGUGCAGCUGGAAUCAAUAGUGGUGCUGGGUCACUCUGCCAAUGUUACGCUGCAUGUUGAUGGCACUAUCAAUGUUACUGAAGCUGGUGCUGAGACCUACACCAAUGGUGAUCACUCAGGUGUGAAGUUGGAUGGUCUGCUGGUGACUUGCAACAAAGUGUACCAAGGUUGUUCCAUCACAGUCUCCGGGAAAUACUUCGGCAGAUUGGCAGGUCUCUUGGGUAACUAUAACUAUGAGCCAUCAGACGACACUCGGGGUCCUGAUGGAUCACGUACUUACAAUGCUGCUCACCUGGCCACGCAAUGGGCACUCUCUUCCACACCUUGUUAUCAAGCAAACCAGGCAGUGAAAAUGGAGGAUGUAAGUGCAGCUGAAGGCGUGGAUGAAUGUGCACAGCUUUUCCUGCGCUCGGCCAGUCCCUUCAGCACAUGCUACUUUCUGGUGGAUCCAAAGCCAUACUUCUGGCACUGUAUUAACAGCCAUAAUCAGCUGCAGUUUGGGAAUGAUGAGGGGGGCAAUUUUUCAUGUAAGGCAGCAGCCUCAUACCAUACUCAGUGCCUGGCCCAGGGAGUUCACGUGCCCUCACCACACCACUGUUACACUGAAGAGAAAGCAGUGACGGUGAGAAAAAUGGCUGCAGUACCUAGAGGAACAUGUGAUGUGAAUGGUGAGACAGUACCUGCUGGCUGGAUGCACAUGUACCAAGCACAUGCUGAGGGAUCAGCUGACAUUGUCCUCAUAGUUGAACUAGCUAAUUGCAACAAGGACAGAAAUCUGCAGCAACUUCUAAAGCUUGUGAAAGUACAGCUAAGAAAAUCUGGAAUUAGUGAUGUGCGAUAUGCUCUGAUAACUGUCCAAGGAGAAACUAUCUCACCUGUCUCGCCUUUCAUGAAUGACGAAGAUAUGUCAACACUUCUUGGUACUCUUGUUUUGGAAGGCCCCAAAGUUGACACUGGUGGGGCAGCAGCUGUUAUAUCUGCAGCUAAAAAUAGCAGGUGGAGAGUAGGAGUUUCUCGCAGCAUUAUGCAGAUGUCAUGUCGAGCAUGUGAUGAGGGUGAUGCUGUACUAGAAGCUCUGCACUUAAAUGAUGUCGUAUUCCAUCUUAUCACUAAGUUCAAGGUUAUUAUGCAAGGACCAGAUAAAAAGAAGAGUGCUGCUAUGGCCAUCAAAUUAAUAGGAUUUGAUGAAAAGUUUGUCUAUACACCAAAAGAUAUCAAGAAAUUCACUGGCACUGAGAAGCUUCGUGCAGCUCUCCAGGAACCUGAAGGUUCAUGUGUCGUGGCUGCCCAGGCAUCUGGUGGUUCAGUUUUUAACAUAAACAAGUGGAUCACCAACAAUAACGAAGCUGCAAAAAAAUUCUUCCGAGUGCUAAGUCUUCGUGUGGCUGCAAGCAGCAGUGCUCCAGAGUGCCAGGAGUGCAAGUGUUUUGGUCACAACACAGAAACAACACUCUUGUGUUACAAGUGUUCACACAGUAAGACUAUCCAGGACAUGCUAGUAGUUUCAGAAGCACCACAGGCAGAAAUGGAGCAGGUGGAGGAUGUCUUGACUGAAGCAAAUUACUCCGUCAAAUCAGAUAUCAAGAGAGAUUUCAUUGAACAGUUUGUCGAUGAAAAUGCAGCAUUUGCUUUGUUGAGAAAUACUGGUGAAUCUGGGCAUGAAGAGAGCUCUGAAAGUGAUGAAUCAGAUGAAGAUGAUUCACACAGUGGUAACGAAGAAGAGAAACAGGAAGACAAACAAGGAGAAGAGGACAAGGGAGAGGAAGUAGAAGAGAUACAAGGAAAGGAAGAGAUGCAAGGCCAGAAUAAGGAUGUGGAGGCUGAAGAAAGACUAGGAGAGGAAGAGUAUAUUGAUUUAAGCUACGAUGAUAUUGAUUAUAAUACUGAUACAAGACAUUAUGAAUCAUAAAGAGGAAGUGAUUGAUAGGUUAAAAAUACUGAAGGUGGUCCACAAUGAAAGCAGCAAGGCAAAGCCCUUAAAAAAAAGGGUAUUUCAGAUGCUGCCAUACGUCAUUCAAGAAUUAAGAGUGAGAAAUGGCAAGAGUGAAAACCCUUGCAGAAACUGAAGUCAUUGUUACCCAGCUCCUACAUGAUGAUCAGCCAGUUUGUUAUUUCUGGGAGCUCAAAUGAAUCAUUUGGGUUCUGAUCAACAUGAAGCGACUUACAAAGCUAACUAGUUCACUAGUAGAGGCUCAAUCCUUUGUUCACUAGUCUUCGGUCAUGCUACUCUCACAGCCAACUUAUUGCCUACAGUCAAAUAUAGAAAAAAAAGUGUUAUAGCAUGCUGAUCUGAUCCUAUGCAAAAAAACUUACACUUAAUGGUAGUGUUAUACUACUAGAAAUAUUUAUUAUUUUUUAGAAUAUAUUUGGUGUGAUAUUCUAUCAUUUUUAAUCAUGGGGACAGUGGCAUUGCUAGGGUUGGUGUCACCCGGGGUGGCAUCUUUGGUGUCACCCCCAUGAAAUCCAAGGAUGGAGAAUGGGGGGGGGGGGGUAAACUCUAUUUACAUCACUACUUCAUGCCCAGUGACUAAUGUUUAGCACUGAGAAUGUUUAAGGACCAUAAACUGAACAGGAGAAUACUUCUCAACUUUAUUAAUGAUAAAAUAAAUAAUCGUGGUAAUAUUGAGGAAACAAACUCAAAUACCACUUUGAGUACACGCAACAGAUCCUACAUUUAUUCAUCUUCAACAACGCAAAAAAAAAAAAAAUGAAAAAUAAAGAAAAACAUUGCAAUAUCAGAGAAACACUAGUUCCAGUCUAACCUUGAGUACAGAUAACAUCUCAAUGAAUCUGAUCUUACAUUUCCUUGCCUUCAUCCUGCAAAAUUGUCAAGUCACAUCAUCAGAAUCAAUGAUUUUCCUUAUAUAGGCUUAUUUGUACUCUGUAAUCAUAUAAUAGGCUAUAUAGAAAUGAAGGAUUUUUCUCUUAUGUUUCUGCAGCACUGUUUUGGGCAUUAGUGUCACCUUCUUUAGAGGCUCUAUGGUGUCACCCAGGGCACCCCCCCCCCCCUUACAGUGCUACUGCAUGGGGAUUCCUAACAUCUAAAGACUUUAGUAAGAGCAUAAUAAUACAGAACCUUAUAAUGGAAAAUUUAUAGAAGUAUGGUUUGUUAUCUAAUAGGCGGUGAUACAGCAGAUACAGUAACAUUAUUAACCCUUAAACUGUCCAGACACAUCUAUGUUCACAUGCGUAGUGCUCCAAAAGUAGAUCUACGUUUUUUAACAUAUUUUCAAAUAUUACAAAAAAAAUGUAGAUCCAAGUUUUUUUUACACGUUUUCAAAUGUAAAAAAAGAAAAAGAAGCUCUACGUUUUUUUAUAUACUUUCAAAUGUUGAAAAAACAUAGAUCUAUGUUUGGACAGUUUAAGGGUUAAUAGGUUAAUACUCAGAGCUGAACCUAAUAACAAUAUUGACAAGGGUGUGUAUUUAUUUCCUUAUAAGAAAUGUUCAGAGAAGGUAUCUCUGAAUGAAAUGGUAUAUGUUUUAUCAAGUGUGUGUAUGAGCACAAAAAGAUAUAAAAUAAGUAAUGCUAGCAGUGCUAUUUUUUUGUCAAGUGCACUAUUUUAUGCCCAGUAUAAAAGUCAGUAAUGCAGGUAUAUGUAUUUAUAUAUUUACUGCAUCAGCCCUUCCACUAAAAGUGGGUUGUCUCAAGGAAGUAAAUCAUCAUCUUUCAACAAAUCAGCUGUUUUCCACCAAGGCAGGGUGGCCCAAAAAGAAAAAGAGAAGUUUCUCUUUUUAACUUUAGUAAUGUAUACAGGAGAAGGGGUUACUAGCCCUUUGCUCCCGGCAUUUUAGUCGACUCUUAUGACACGCAUGGCUUACAGAGGAAGAAUUCUGUUCCACUUCCCAAUGGAGAUAAGAGGAAAUAAGAACAAGAACUAGUAAGAAAAUAGAAGAAAACCCAGAGGGGUGUGUAUAUACAGUGGUACCUUUGGAUACAAACUUAAUUCGUUCCAGAAGGCUGUUCGAGUGCCAAUACCGAACAAAUUUGUUCCCAUAAGGAAUAAUGUAAAUUAGAUUAAUCUGGUUCAGACCCCCAGAAAUACACAUACAAAAGCACUUACAUAAAUACGCUUAAAUAAUUGUUCGAGUUUUGAGCUGUUCGUAUCCCAAGGUACCACUGUAUAUCCUUGUACAUGCAUCUGUAAUGUGACCUAAGUGUAAGUAAAAGUAACAAGACAUACUUGAAAUCUUGCAUGUUUAUGAGACAGAAAAAAGACACCAGCAAUCCUACCAUCAUCUAGAACAGUUACACACAGGCUUUCAUUUUACACUCACUUGGCAGAACGGUAGCACCCUGGGUGGUUGCUGUCUACCAACCUACUACCUAGGAAGAAAGUAAAUAUCCACCAUUAUUCUUUUAAUAACUAUCUUGCUAGAAAUGAGCAGAUAUCACCAUUGAGAUAACCCUCUGACCAAUAAUAUUCCCAUCCCUUUCCCAGAGUGCAGGCACUGUAUUUCCCACCUCCAGGACUCAAGUUCAGCUAACCAGUUUCACUGAUUAAAAUCAUGAAUUCUACCUUGCUCACACUUCAACAGCACAUCAAAUCCAUAAAAGAAGCCAUCUCCACCAGACCUGAUCUAACAUGCUCACACAUGCCUGCUGGUUGCUCAAACCCCUACCAUAUGAAACCACCUUCACCCAUUCCUCCAACUACACACUGCAUUUGGAAAAUGCUACACAGUGCAUUUGAAAAAAAGCAAGAUGAAGUUUAUACAGUAUGUAUAUCACUGUAUAUGUAUACACCUUACUUAAGGGAUUAAAGUAUUCUUGUCUGGUGGUGGAAAAGAUUAUGUACAGCCUUAAUGACACAGGUGUAGUUGUUAGGCAUUUAACCCCAUUAACAAAGCAAACAGACAAUGGUAUAUGAUCAUGAUGUGUGUUGUUUGCCAAAUUGUAAUGUAGUUUAUUUUUCUGUAAAUACACAUUAGAUGAGACUGUAUAAUCUACUGAUAUAGCAUUAAAAACUAUCUUUGCAAUGUUUUGUUCCAAGAGCCUUUGUUCUAUUAUUAUUUUUUCUGUAACUAUGUAGCAGUGUUAAUUAUUGAAAUUCUGUUAAUAAAACAUUAUAUGAUGUGCUAUAAUAAAGCUAUUUCAAUAUAA